UGCGACCUGAGACGAGAACGCGACACUUUCUCUCCUCCGUCUGGAUGCAACGGAUUGCCAUGGUAACGGCAGCUUCCUCCCGGCAUGCAGCAGCCUGCGCCCCCCUCCCUCCCUGUUAGAGCGGCGCAGGGUGGAGCAGCAGACGGACCGACAGCAGCAGCAGCAGCAGCAGGAGGAGUGAAGAUGGAUGGAGACUCCGCCCCCCUCACAGAUGGCCCCGCCUAUGAAACGCAGAAGAUGGAAGAAAAAGCCGCUGUGAAGGCAACUUCUGAAGAAUCAAUGAAGGCCUCCAGGACAGCAGGAGGCGCCAGAGCAGCCAAGAUGAUCUCAGCCAAGAGCACAGAGUCCGUGGACGGCGUCAGCAGUCCAGGAAGUCGUUCUCCCGCCAGCCGAUCGUCCACGCCUAACAGAGAGGUGAAGAAGGUGGCGGUGGUCCGAACCCCCCCCAGGUCUCCUGGCUGUGCUCGUGGACGGACGCCCCCCCUCCCCUCUCAUCCAAUGCCCGACCUCAGCAAUGUGAAGUCAAAGGUUGGGUCCACGGAGAACCUGAAACACUCACCUGGAGGGGGCAAGGUUCAGAUCAUCAACAAGAAGCUGGAUCUCAGUAAUGUGACGUCAAAGUGCGGCUCCAAAGACAACAUCCACCACAAACCAGGUGGAGGGAAGGUGGAGAUCAAGUCAGAGAAGGUGGAGUUUAAGACCGUUCAGUCCAAAGUCGGCUCUCUGGAGAACGUCACUCAUGUGCCGGGAGGAGGGAAGAAGAAGAUCGAGACUCAGAAGCUGAGCUUCAGAGAGAGCGCCAAAGCUCGAACCGACCACGGUGCUGAAAUCAUCAUCCAGGCUGACUCCUCCCCUUGUCAUCUUAGCAACACUUCCUCCCAUGGAAGUCUUAAUGCAACUGAAACUCCACCCCUCGACACCCUGGCCGAUGAGGUGUCCGCCUCUCUCGCCAAACAAGGCCUGUGAUUGGACAAACCCUGUGCCUACAGACCCUGCCCCCCUGCUGUCACCAAGGAAACGGCCUAAUGGAAGAAAAAAAAAAAUCAUCAUACAUGUUACACAAAGCUACCGAGGAUUGGAGAGAUUUUAUGAAUCAGAAAUCACCCAGAGUUCACCCAGGGUCACAUGAUCAGCCUCACUUAUAUUUGUUAUCUCCACUGCGAAUCAACUUUAAGCUGAGCAGUGACAAAUGAAUGAAUAAAUAUGACUUUCAGCAGAUAAAUGUUUAACCUUAAGAGUUCCUGUGGUAAGCUGAUCAGCUCAGCGUUUAAAAACCUGAUCAAAGACCCAACGGCGUUAAAUGCGAUUAAACACACACACACUCCACAAACCUGUGAUGCGUAAAUGCCCACAGCACCCCCCCCCAUACCCGGAGCCCGCUCUUUAAUCUGACCUUUGAAGAAAAUUUGAGCUCGUUUUGAAUUUGGCGACAGACGCACGGCCGUGAACGUGUCCCAGUUAGUCCGCCGCACGAUAUCCUCGUGUCAGUGUUGUUCCCACAUCAUCAUAAUAAAUGUUGUUCCAGGUUCAACAUUGCAAGUGACCAAUCACAUUGUUGUGACGUCAUACUUUUGCGACUUCGGAAAAAAACACCUUAAAAAUAUAAUCUACUUGUGAGAAACCGCCUUUGUCCGACAAUACAGCAAUUUGAAUUCUUUGCAUUUCAGGAUACUGUUUUUAAUGAACUGUAAGCAUUAUACAGAUUGUCCUUGCAACAUUGUAAUUUCAUAAAUUAAUAAAUCGCUUGGCUUGCAAAAGUAUGACGUCACAACAAUGUGAU